AUGAACGUCAGCAACUUGUCAGACUCCACCCUCGACCCAUGCUCCGACCCACUGGCGCCAUUGUCGGCGACAUUUUUUAAGAAUAUUUCUGCUUCCGAGAAGGGACUGAUCGCCAUCUGUGGAGUCUGUGUGUUGUUGACAGUCAUCGUUUACCUGGAACACAUCCAUUAUGUACUGAACCGAUACCAGACUAACAUGACAGUGAAGUGUAGGACCUUGGAGAUACUUGCUCUAUACCCGACAGUAUCACUGACGGCACUUGCAGCACUGUGUGUCCCGCGAUCCGUCAUUUAUUGCCAUCUAAUUAACGCCAUCUACAUCGCGGUGUCUGUGUGCAGCUUCAGCUCGCUCAUGGUGCUCUAUUUUGGCGGCAGUAAAAAACUCAGUUGGCGGCUAAAGGGAGAAGAAGUUGCCACACGACAGCCGCCAUGUUGUUGCUGCUGCCUGUGCUUGCCCAAUCUGGCCGCUGCUGUGAGAAAUGUGCGUUUGAUGAAAGCCCUGGUUUUACAGACGGCCAUUGUUCACUUUCUACUGACAUUCGUGACGUUGGUUCUGUUGAGUGACCACAAGUUUACGCCAGGGCAGUUUACCCUGGACAACGCUUACCCGUAUCUGAACGCUGUGGCUCUCAUCUCCUCACUGUUGGCCCUGUUUGGACAACAUGUAUUCUUCAAGCUGUGCAAGGAUCUCUUGAAGCCAGACUACCUGGUGGCCAAAUAUCUGGCGCUGCAGUUGGUGAUCGUCUGUUGUCAGCUGCAGGACGGCGUGUUCACCAUCUUGGCCAGGUUCGACUUGCCAGUUUGUGUGGGGAUUCUCACUACAGCAGUCAGAGGAAAUGAGAUGCUGCAAAUGUUGCUAGUGUUUGAGAUGUUCUUGCUGUCGCUGCUCGCCAGAUGGCUCUACCACAGACCUCAGGACAUUACAUCAGAGUUGUCAUGUGAACACAAGCAGACACAAGCAACAGUGUCUGGACAUUACGUCAUGGACAAGAUAGAGGCAGCAUCAAGUGCCAAUAAUGUUACCAGUCAGUUACCUAUGGAGACAGUCACACAUAGUUAUCUUUGA